AUGUCUGUGUCAUCGGUAUCCUUCAAUACCGAUGUGAACGUUAGAUACGAGAGGUUGUCGACAGAAUAUGCUAAACUUCGUUCACAUGUGAAGGUUCUCAGUGAAGGUGUCAUAUCAGAGAGGAAGAAGAAUGAAGUUUUCAUCGAGAAAAUUCAAGAAUUAGAAAUGCAACUUCAUAAAGUGACUGCUGAGAACGAAAGUCUUGCUUUUCGAAAUGAUCAGCUUGUGAAACGUGUCGAAAACCUGCAAGACGAGUUGGAUGCAGCAAACCAUUUUAGAGUAGGAUCAAUUAAGAAGGGAAAGUUUCCGAAAAAGUCGAAAGAUGUUAAAGAACUACUCGCAGAAAUUAAGACGCUUGGAGAUCGUGUUGCUGUUUUGGAGGAAGAGUUGCAGAAUAAGAUACAACAGAACGAAGAGCUAAUUAGUAAACUAGGCGAACUUGAAGUACAGCAUGCAGAUGAGAUAUCCUCACUUUCUGCCGAGUUCACUCGAAAACUAGAAGAGGUGGAGUCACUCAGACCGAGGGAGCACAAGCCGGAGAGACCU